GGAGCCGCGACCCCAGUUCAUGGUGAACCUGGACUCGGAAGUGAUCAGCCUGUUUCGCGAAAUAGUCUGCAUGGAUCGCUUCAGCUGUCCACUGCCGCUGUUGGCGAGGAAGAUAUUCGCUCGCUGCAGCUUCAUCAAACAGCGAGCCAUCAAACUGCAAGUAGGCGAUCGUUUGUCAGCUUGCCUUUUGUGUUGCCAUUGCGUUUAUCUUGUCUACCAUUCCUCAUUCGCAUUGACCCAUUUAAGCAGCCGCCGAGAUGGGCCAUGACUUGGUCCAAAGUCAAUCGAGGCAAACUUAGCAACCGAACUCGAACUCACCGCCUCCACACCGGAAGCCCGGGAGGCUCCACUUGGUCGCCACUUUGA